AUGGAUCGACCGGGGUCUGGGUAUCAUAGACAAUGAAGAGAUACGCAGAGAACAUCGUGAAGUACCCAGAGGAAGAGAAGUACAGGAAGAUCAAGCGAAGCGGAUCGACGUUCAUGGCGAACGUGGUGCAACCCAAGGGUGCCCUCGACUUCUUCAUCGAGGUGGGCUUCCGCGAAAAGGCCAUGGACUACCAGACGUGGGUCGUCUUCCACAAGGAGUACAUGCACGACCUCAAGCUCGGCAUCACCCUGCUCGGCGAAGCGAUCGAGCGCGAGAUGCCCAAGAAGGAGCGCGAGGAGCGUGCCCGCGAGCUCGCCAAGGCCGAGGAGAUCGCAGCGAAGGAGAAGGCAAUGAAGCACUUCAUCGACGACCGCAAGACCGUCCGGGAGCGCACGCUGCGCGAGACCGCAGUCCACGCCCGUCGGCGUGGGUCGGUCCCGCCUCCCGCUCCUACGACACACGUCCCUGUGGUGCAGCCCUUCGCGGGUGGCGGACGUACUCUCGGUGGCCAGUAGGCCGACUUCGGGGUUGUACAGGCGAUACAGGACUGUCACUGGCCCCAAGGCAAUAACAGGAUGUGUCUUGAGGUCUGCGCCACUCCUCUCUUCUCUGUAUCGUGCCUCGCGGAUCGACAUCUCAAAGGUGUUUUGCAUGUCUUGUGAGGAUAUCGGGCCAUGGAUCACAUAGCGCACUGUGUCAUUAGGGGAACGCACGAAUGUACAGGUACAAAUGGCAGAUGCGAAGGAUAGAUGUAUGGAUGCGGUCACGAAUCUACAGUAUGAACACGGACUUCCUCAAAUGAAGGGGAACUUGGAUCGAUCCAG